ACCAACAACUGAGACGACGUCAUGCAGGCAAUCAAAUGUGUUGUUGUUGGCGACGGCGCCGUGGGCAAGACCUGCCUGCUGAUCAGCUAUACAACGAACGCCUUCCCCGGCGAAUAUAUACCAACUGUAUUCGAUAACUAUUCAGCGAAUGUGAUGGUCGAUGCGAAGCCGAUUAAUCUCGGUCUAUGGGAUACGGCCGGACAGGAGGAUUACGAUAGGCUGCGACCUUUGUCCUAUCCGCAAACGGAUGUGUUUCUCAUUUGCUUCUCGCUGGUGAAUCCCGCCUCCUUUGAGAACGUGCGCGCCAAAUGGUUUCCCGAGGUGCGUCACCAUUGCAACAAUGUACCAAUUAUACUCGUCGGCACGAAGCUCGAUCUGCGCGACGAUAAGCAGACAAUUGAGAAACUGAAGGAUAAGAAGUUAACGCCAAUCACCUAUCCACAGGGCUUGGCCAUGGCCAAGGAAAUAGCGGCGGUCAAAUAUUUAGAGUGCUCUGCCCUAACGCAAAAGGGUCUGAAAACGGUAUUCGAUGAGGCCAUACGCUCUGUCCUAUGCCCACCCAUACGCAAUACACGCAAACGCAAGUGCCAAAUUCUCUAAAUGGGUUGAGGGAAAAUGGGAGGGGAAACAAAAAAAAAAAAGAAGAAACAGAAAGUGCAGCGAGC